GUCACCAAUCACCAUUACUAUUAUUUCUGUUUUUAGGGUUUAUUUAUUCACCAUUUUUUGAGCUUUUCAUUUUUUAAACUCCUUUUGUACCAUUAAUACUUUUCAGUGUUCGUUCUUGAGUUGUGUGUAGAAUGUGGAAACAUCGAUCUAAUUAAAACGGCUAGUUUUAAUGCUUUGCCCAUAAGAGGUAGCAGUGGAUGUAUCAGGCUUGAUUUCUGAGGCAAACCAACAGCAAAAAGAUAGCCCAAAUGAAUUACAACAAUGAUGAAUACAUGUGGGAUUGGCGAUGUGAUGAGUAUUGUCUUGAAGAUAACGCUGACCUUGAUAUAUCAAAUUGCCUGUUGAGUGGAGAUGGCCAAAAUGAACAUUUUCCGUAUAUUUUUAAUGAUGAAACUACUCCAAUUAAAGCAUGUGGAGAUUUAGCUUACCAUGUUAAUGUCGAUGAAAACUCAAGCAAGGAAUUAAAUCAGUGCAAGGAGGCUUCUCUACAAGCAAAAAGGCGACGAACUCUACAGUUUGAGUCUGAAGAUCUGGUAGCAUCCUUCUGCAAUGAGGGUAUUUCAUCCACGUAUUUAAAAUCAAAGGAGACAGAGGAUUCUGUGGAAGAGGCUAUAUCUGAAAUGUCAAAUUGGGUUUCCGGAUUUGCAGAAGGUACAUCUGCAUCUGGUGAUGACAUACUUGAUCAGUCAUCUGAAGGAUGGCUUGCUGAUUGCAUCAAUGAUGCUGAAAUUCAGUUCAGCUCCGAGGAUAUUAAUUCUUCUGGUGCAUCUGAUGUCCAGAUUGAUGUUGCAGAACUUUGUGGCACACCACCUGAAUAUGAAGCUAAUGCUAUUCAAGAGCGACCUGUUCGGACCUGUAGAAAUGUUGUUUUCAAAGGUAGAAAAUCAUAUAUGCGGCCUCCUCCUAAGUUGGCUUCUUCAGUCGUCUACCCAUUUGCAUUUAUUAAACCAUGUGGCGUUCAUGGGGAUGUGACACUAAAGGAUAUAAACCAAAGGUUACGUGAUCCACCAUCAAAGCUGAAGCAAAACCAGGAAGACCCUUCUGUUUCUUAUCCCACAUCAGCCUUCUCUGGGAAACCUGUUGUUGGGAAAACUAAGAUAAGGACUGAAGGAGGAAAAGGAAGCAUUACAAUUAUGAGAACAAAAGGUUAAUCACAUUAAAGCUGGUUUAGCUUUUGUGGUUGUGGUGCUUGUUCCAUCACUCUGUGGCAAUCUUCAUGUCUUAUCCUGACAUUAUCAAAUUGUACAAGCUAACUUCUUGGAGUUCAUGAAAGAAUUGUUUAUGCUGGGAAACGGUUUUCAUUAUAAAGAUAUCUAGUAUGGAGUUCAUGCUGGUAGUAUGACAUUAUAGAGGUUUCCUUUUCCAUUGGAAACCUCUAUUCAUAUUUUCUAGUCUCAGUCAUGUGCAGAGCUUAUUCUCGGUGUAUCUUCUGUUGCAUUAGAUCUGGUACUCUUCUAGAUCUGUCUCAUGUUUUAGUGAUUGAUUGCAUAAUUGUGAUUAAAGUAAUGUUUUCUGGCU